AUGGAUUUUAGAGAAAAGGUCUUUAAAAAAGGAAAUCCAAAAGAAGUAGUAUAUGAAGGAUAUGGGAAAAUAACUCAGGAAGUUAAAACAGAUAAUAGAGAAAGGCCUUCUGUAUAUGAAGAUGAAAAUAAUUUAUCCAAGAAAUUGCCAUUUUUUAUGACCAAACAAAAUAAGGAUAUAUAUAAUUUUGCAUUAAAUAUUUCUGAAAAUGAUGUAAAUGUGUAUUCUUUAUCUAAAUAUGUACAAACAUGCUUAAAUAUAAGUGUGCCUAUAGCAAUUCGACUAACUUUAUUAUACAUAUCUAAACAAAAAGAAUUGUUAAAGAAUUACUUAAUUUCUAUCAUUCACAUGAUUAAAGGUGUUACUGUUUUAAAAGUAACACAAAAUGGAAAAUUAAAAAAAAGAAUAUUAAAAUUCAGUUCAUAUAAUAUAACUAUAGUAGGAUCUUGGUCAAGGAAAAUAUUAAAUUAUGAUGAAAUAACACAAGUAAAUAUUGGAUCAUGUUGUACAUCUGAAUUAUUUAUUUUUGAAAAAAGUUGCCCAAAUUAUGUAAAUCGAAUGAAUUAUAUAGUUAUAAGAACUCCAGAUAGAAGUUAUAGUUUUUUAUUUUUUUUAGACGAUGAUAUAGUUAAAAUAAUAAAAGAAUUAUCUGUAUUUAAUAAAUUAUCAAACAUAUUAAAAAAUGAUAAAUCUUGUUCAUAUAUAAAUAAAAAAAAAAAAAAAAAUGAUGAAAAAAAUAAAAACCAAAUAGAAAAUAAUGAUAAUAAUCGAGGAGUAUCAAAUACCAGAAACUAUAUGAGAGAAAAAUUAGAAGAUUUUAGUGAUGAUGCUAUAAAUUUAAAAUAUUUUUUAUUAUCUAACAUAAAAUUUGCACAUAAAGAAAUAGUAAAUGUUAAUAGCAAAGAAGUAAAAGAAAUUCUUAAAAAAAAUAACAUGAUAUAUUUUGAUACAUAUGAUUUUCAAAAUAAAAAAAUUAAUUCUUUGUUUUUAUUUUUACAAAUAGUAUUAGAUAUAUAUGGACCUGAAAUAUGGCUCACAUCUAAAUUCGAUGAAAUUAUUUUUACACAUUUAAAUUGA